GUGUUAAAGACCCUCUUCACUGACGAAUGAUACAAAAGUGGAAUUUUUUUUUCCAUCGCUAAUGUUUUCACCAUUAAACACAAAACUCUGGUCAAAGAUUUUAAGGCGCCGCCCCACUGUCAUGAAUUUAUAUGUAUAAUGACUUUGCUCCUGACAUUGAGAUUUAAGUCAGCCUCUGUAUUCUCGCUCUCCUCAAUCUAGGACAACUACCUAAAUUUGCACACAGAAUUCCACUUGGAGAACAAACUAUGCUUGUGGAAGUGUUUGCUGACAGUUCUUUUUUUUGCAGGAGGAUGACCCACAUCACAAGAGAGGGAAGGGAAAGAAGGCUAAAAGGUCUGGCUUCGCAUGUGGGUUUGACCGCCGUUCUACUCCAAAGAUGAGCAAACUAAAGGAAGCGUACAGCCCAGAUUCAGGGAUGAUAGUAAAAACAGCCAAAAAUGGUGGCGCAGAAGGUCUUGUCUAUGGCGGCGGAGGCAAAGAGGGCAUCUUCAUCAAAGAAGUGGUACCAGAGUCACCUGCCUCUAAAAGUCUACAACUGAAAGAAGGCGAUCAGCUUCUGAGUGCCACGGUGUAUUUUGACAAUGUGUCAUAUCAGGAUGCCAUUCAGAUUCUGGAACAUGCUCAAGCUUACAAAGUGAAGCUCUGCCUUAAACGCAAACCAGACAUCACAGAGACAGAGCCCCUUGCUGAGUCUGACAUCAUCCCUGUAACUAUUUUAAGUUACAUCUUCAGAUAUUUUGAGGAUGAAACCUUUACUCCGGAGAUGCGGGAACAUGGAAAAUCCAAGAGACGAGGUGAUGCACGCAUUUCUUGGCCCAAGUUUCCAUCCUUGGGAAGAGGAAAGAAGUCCCGUUUUGCAAGGUCUCACAGUUCCUCGGAGGCUGAUGAGCAGAGGAAGUUGGAGCUGAGUCCUACCACAAGCGACACGGAAUCCCCCAUAAAGACUCAGGAUGCCCUCAAAGGCAAAAAACGAAGGAAAACUGGAAAUCACUUCACCUAA